AUGGCGACGGAGCCUAUAGUCAAUCAGCCAGAUGCAUUGUUGAAUGAACAUAUCGCUGUUUCAAGUAACCUCGCUCAAGAUGCUGGGGACUCGGUUUCUACACUAAACGGAACUAUCUCCGAUGUCGAGAACAAGCAGAUCGCAGAGAUUGUGGACGAACUAGUCAAUUCGGCAGAAGUUUCCGUGAGUGGGGGUUCGGAUACAGAAUCAUCCAAGGCACGCCUCGGUGACAAGAACCAUGCGCGUACCUCUUCAAGUAUCAAGAAGCCUCAGAGCUUUAAGUCGGUUUCAGUAAAUCGCACUUUUCUAGCUUCUAAGACUUCGACAAAUCCCAACGCCCGCCCCGACUCCACUACCGGUUCGACAUCGUCUACUCCACAGCCCACCCCCAGUGCCUCUGCUUCUCGCCUGAAGCUGGUCGCCAAGUCUGGCAGUAGCCUCGGUGGCUCUACCAAAACCCUCAGCAGCAACGGUAAACCUGCUUCUGCGCCUGAUCCCAACACUGUGUGGAACCGUAACAAGCCCGUUACCCAGCCCGAACAGAAGAAACUAUCCGAUGAAGAAUUGAUGCAUAAGUACGGCAUCCACAUGGCGGGUCGUCUUGGACCGGAGGAUACCAAAGGGCAGUCAAAUUGGGCAGAUAUUGAUGAUGACGAAGAGUGGGCUCCGGAGACAAUAACGUGGACGGAUGGUACUAAGAUUACCCUGCCGCACGAAACUGCUCCGAGCCCCAGUACAGUCCCAGCCACACUUGACAAGGAACCUCCUUCCGCGCCGCCGAAGCCGAAAUCUCCUGUUCCAAUAUCAAGUGCAACUGGCUCCCCUUCAGUUAGGCCUAGCGUAACAGCGUCAGCGAAGAGUCUCGUGCUCAAGGGUGCACCUGAGAAACCUACUCUGGUAGCUAAACCACCCGCGCUUCCGACGCCUGCUAAGUCCCCCUGGGCUCGUUUACCUCCCAUCGAAAAAGUACCUCCUGGACACUUGGAUACAGUUAAUAUAGGAGCUAGUACACAUUCUCCUAUUAUGAAGAGCGCAACUACUCCUACGACCAAAGAGAUUGCCGCAGAUGAUUUCAGUCGAUCCGGUUUUCGAGACAGGCAUACCGGUAACCAUAGUCAGCUCUUUAACUCACACUCUGGCCAAUAUGAUCCGGUCCCAGAUCAUCGUAGAGGCUCUAGGAACGAACCUCACGGCCGUCAACCCGCUGUCCUGCAGAGGCCUCAAUACCAUGAUCAACAGGGUCCUGCGGAGCCGUCAGCUGCAUUUCAGACAAGUAGAACCAGCGCUCAAGAAGGUCCUUAUCGCCGUCGCGGCUCUUCUAACGUCAGUGGAACUAGUGGUAUCCUGGCACGUAAGCCAUAUGAUAUGCCGCCUCCGCAAGAUUCAUUCCAGUCUCGAGCAGGAUCCGUCACCGGUGCCGAGAGCCCCAUCUCAGCUCACAACCAGCCUACGCCGCGAUUACCAGUGGUCCAUCCGUACCAACCGAGAGUAUCUCCCGGACAAACUCACGCCACUCCGUAUUAUAGUUCUCCUGCUGUUGAUAUGCAACCUACUGAUGAUCUAGAAAUACAAGCGAUAGUCAUGCGUGAGCGUCGCGAACAAGCAAUUAGGCGUCGAUCGGAGCAGGAGGCACGUGAGGAAGCAGCUCGGAAGGCUAGGAUCGCUGAGAAGCUUAAAGCUAUGGGACCGCUCCCUGAACGCAAUAGCACCAAUAGGGGAAGAAGUAACGACGAUUCAGCUACUGUUCCUUCGGAAGUACAUGUUGAUUCUACGCAAGUAGACCCAAGCGCUGCAGCGCCAGCAAGCGGUACAAGAUCUAGCGUUGACAAUCGAGCAAACGGAGAGGCUAAGGGACAUCUCAGUCAAGCUGACAAACCUCAGAACCAGGCAAUGCAAACUUCUGGCAUGUCUAAGGCUCAGCAUCCGACGUCUUGGCCAGAAGCUCCCCAGCAUCAGGAAAGAUAUACCUCGUGGGGCAAUGGUCCCCAGAACGCGCCACGAAAUGUAUGGGGUGCUCCUGGUAAUGACCGCUCUCUCGGGAAUGGCACUUUCAACCCAGAUUUGGGAACGCUGCCUGAUUCCCGACCAGCUCCUAUGGGUGAUCGGAAUCAUCGCCCGGCUCCAAUCGGGCCUCCCCGAUCCACAUCGCAACAACCUAUCCGCCCUGAGUCCAUAUCUAGUAGCCGCCUUGCCCCUAUUGGACCACCACGCGGUCGCUCUUCCAACAUGGCUCAGGGACCGGAGCCAGGUUCCGCAAAUGCCUGGAAGUCCUUCGCAUCCGGUGUCAAAGAUGACGACCGUAGAAGGGCAAUAGAACUUCAGGCCAAGAUCGACGCUCAGAAAGAUGAUGUGUCACUACCGAUGAAUGAGGAUUGGCGCAGCCGGACUUCCGGCAAGCCAGUAUCAGGCGGUGCUAGACAAGGUCUGACCGAUGCGGUCAAUAACCAUAAUGAAGGACGAUCCAGCAAUUCAUUCAAUGCUUCUGCAACUAAUGCUGCACACAGCGAGCAGCUUCCGAGAGCAUCUGAGGAGGAUCUUGCAAGAUGGAAGGGCCGUAUGCCUUCUGAUUACGCUGCCGCUAGGGAGGCCAGAGAAGCCAAGGAGGCCACUUCCAAACCGACAGCAGAAGACCUUGCCAGAUGGAAAGGUCGCAUGCCUUCUGAUUAUGCUGCUGCUCGAGAGGCUAGAGAAACGGCCACCGGAAAAGUAAACGGUAGCCGUACCGAUUACGGUAGACAAUCCACUGUUGGUCACUCGAAACGAACCGUACCCAGCCCUGCAGCUCAAUCCAGGAGCAGCUCUCGCUUUUUCCCCUCCACCCGAGAGUCGCAAUACCAAGAUGAUCUCCACGAGCAAGUUCGUACAAAAUCGCCUACGCCACCUCCACCCACCGCAGAUGAUCAUCCAGUGUUUGAUGGUGAUAGUACUCGUCCCCACGUGGCGUUGCCACCGGCUCGCCCGAUCGUCAAAUUACCACCCCCAACCAAUUCCACAAACCCAAGUCCCAUUAUGCCGUCCGCUAAGCCGGUACCGAUCUCAUUCGCAGCUGCAGCAGCAGCACCUAGAGCACACCAGCAAUCCGCUGCCCCCCGUCCCUCUAGCAGAGGGAGGGGCUAUGGAGGCAUUCAUCAAACUCCCUAUGAGAUUACAUCACAGGAAAACUGGCAGGAAAAGAUUAAUACUCUUUUCGGUAAAAAUACCUCGCCCGCACCGGUCAAGUCGAUGGCUGUGGAUUCUUCAAGUAGAAUAGCGUUGGAACACAGUCAUACAUAUGAUCCUGCGACGGUUGCAUUGCCUGGUCUUUCCCACUCGGUGAGCUCCUUAGCUUCUGACGGUAGUGACUAUACUAGCAGAGAGAUGGCCGAAGAAUGCUUUGGAGAGCAGGAGAUGGGUUCUCUACCGACAGUUCGCCUUCCCAGUGAAGCACCGGACGCUUUGUGGCAACCAGCAGAACUUCACAUCGACCCCAUGCCCAUCAAACUGCGAGUUGAUCCAAUGGGCGCCGAAUCAUGGAGGUUCCCCACGCCUGAGAUUUCCGGCGGCGGAAACGUGAUCCGAAUUUCGGGUCCUUUCAUGACAGAGGCUAAGACCGUUGUGAUGAAGCAUGAAAACGGUCGCUCGAAUAGUAAUCAGCGCCGACAGGGGCCCCGUGGAGGUGCCCGACGCUUAUCAGGCCGUGGAGGUCAACGCGGCGGUCGGGAACACCCUGACCACCCUGGCGACCACUCGUCUCAUCCGUCCAGCCGUCCUUCCACUCGUAGUGGACGUGGAAGUUAUAGGCCCAGGAUGGAAAAUAUGGCAGGCAGACACACAUCGACUGCUGCACCAUCGCAGUGGUCUUGA